AUGAGUUUUAUGAAUGAACCUUUUGGAAUGAAAGUGGGCUCUGCGGAUGUCGGUAUCCUACUGUGUUGCAUGGUGUCUGUCUUUUGUAGGGUGAAGGUGUUUACGCAGACCCAGAGGGAUGGUAACAUCGCGUCUGGUUUUUUCUCGACAGAUGCGGAGCGUUUCGUACAAACUUCUUACGCCUUUUUACAAACCCCCCCUACUGCACAUCCUGCUGCUUCACCUGUUAAUGUGAUGGCAACAUCAUCGACAGUCAUGGGGGGCACAUCUCAGUUGCAAAAUAAUUUGGGCACGGAUGGAUACAACGGCAGGCCUUCUGUUCCUUUUGGUAACGAAAUAUUUGAAUCCUCUUGUGGAGAUGAUACUGUGGGGACAGCCGUGGAAGUCACCGAUGUGUCUGACGCCGAUGACGACUAUGACGAAGAUCCUAUAGUGAGCUUAUUUUCACUGCCAUUAACCCAACGUGUUAUGGUGGGCGUGGGUUGGCUCUCAGUUAUAUCCAAUUGUCUUACCGAUUUAUUGCGUCCCUCACAGGUUUUGUAUGCAUUUUUCUUCUGUAUUUGUGACAUGGUGCUGCACGUUAUGGAAGGCCGUUUGAAUCGAAGAGGAAGGGGCGGUAGUUCUGUGUCAUCUAAUUUACGUCUUUCGGGAGUGGCUACUGCCACGCAAAAGGGGGGCACAGCUGCAGUAGCCAAUUUACGAGUUGGUGAGAAGGGUUGUUUACCUGCCACACUGUCGGACCGAUGCGCCGAGGUAAGACCGGGGACUUUUCCAAAAACAAAUCCACCCUUCAAUACCGAACAGAAGGCAUAUGCUUACAUGGAGAGUGAGUAUGCCCCGAGUCAUGAUUUGAGAAUUAAGAAGGCUGAUUGGAAAAGGGAAUCCGGCGGUGGACGGGGGAAGCUACGAGGCAUUUUCAAGUAUUGGCAUUGCGUUAUUAGUCGACGUGCUCUCUUUAUAGUUGUUCUCAAUACAGCCAUGUUGUUUUUCUUAGUUAUUUUUCAUAUUCACAAUUUAUUUUUCUGGGUGGGGACAAUAAGUGGGUACCUGGCGUGUUGUGGAACGUUGUAUGUUCUGGGUUGUGAUGUGGGGGUUUUGUUGCAACUGCUUGGAUGGUUAUGUGCCCGACGCCCUUCACGGCUGUCCUCGCCACUGUCAUUAUAUUCACCCCUCCACGUGGUGGCUACAUUGCGUGCAUUUGAUUUAUGUAGUGCUUCUUUGCCCCCUGUCGGGGUGGUGUUAAGCCAAUGGUUAAGUGCACUUUAUGUUACGCAACUGGUAUUCUCUUUUGGCUGCUCCGCCUUGUAUUUUUUCAUGCUACUCGAGGAAGGAGAGGCACUGUACAGUACACAUAUGGAAUUUAUGCGUUGGUACGUGGGAACAGUAGGACUGGGAUUGUUGGAUAUUGCGCGAAUUCUUCUUUUUGGCUCCAUUUUGUGGCUUAGCGGCGACCCGAAGAAAAAAUUUCCGUCAUUUUUGACAUGA